AGCGCCGCUGCAGGCAGAGCAGGCCGGGCCAUGACCCCCGCGGCCCACGGCUGCAGGCGCGUCGCCUGGUGUCCCUCACGGCUGCCAGCGUCCGCGCCCAGAGCGCCCCAGGAAGCGGCCCGCAGAGGCGACGCCAUGGGGCUGAAGCCCUCGUGUCUGAAAGGCUUUAAGAUGUGUGUCAGCAGCAGCAGCAACAACAACAACCACGACGAGGCUCCCGUGCUGAACGACAAGCACCUGAGUGUGCCCAACAUCAUCAUCACGCCCCCAACCCCGACGGGCGUGGGGCUUUCCCGGGAUUCUAACAAGCAAGUCUGGAUGGAUGAGUUGGGGUCUUAUCAAGAGGAUGGAGAGCUGGAACCUGAAGCCUGAGGAGUUACCCGGCGGUGAGACCUGUGCGGCAGCUACCUGCCCCGCUGCCCCGGGUGUUGGGGGCAUGGCUACCUGAGCAGCUGGAUGGGGGACAGAGAAUUGGGCCCUGGACCAAGACAUGGAUGGCCAGAAGAGUACAGCAGGUGGCUGGCCCCAGCGGAGCAGACAUCCGUGGCCUCCGCGUCCACACCAACCCAGACCCCAGCUUGGUGAAGAGGAGGCCAUGCUGCCCUACGGUCACCGUGACCAUGGACCUCGGCCCUCGAGGCCCCAGAGCACAAAGACUUCUCGCCAGAGCAGGGCCUCUGUUGUUUUUUUUUUUUUUUACAAGUUGUUUUACAGGUAUGGAACCUACGUCCUGAGCGAGAUUUAUAAAUAAAGCUCCUUUGUGA